AUGUAUUUGAUCUGCAUGUCUUCUGAUAAUACUGAAGAGGAAGAUUUUGUUGCAGACUCGCCCGCCAAGAUUGAGUUCUGGAGGAACUGCUGCAUGGACCUCUCUGAAAUCAGCAAGCAGCUCUGCCAGGAAGGGGUCAAGCACAUCGAGUCCAUCUUGUGUCUGUCCAAGUCCUCAUAUGUGGCCCCAUUCCAGCGACUUGCCAAACAAAUACAGGAUGGGUCAGAGCAGGCCCAGUCCAACCUCCAGUUCCUCUCCAUCCUGAAAGAACCAUUCCAAGAACUUGCUACACUGAGACCCAAAGAUAUCCCUGAGAAGCUGCCUAACCUCAUCAGUCUUGUCCGUAUUGUGUGGGUCAACUCUCUCUACUAUAACAGCAGGGAAAGAAUCACGGCUCUUUUUCAAAAGAUGAGCAACAAAAUUAUCCAGAUGUGUUGCAAAGACAUCUCCCUGGACCGGCUGUUUGAGGGUUAUGUCAACUCUUCCCGGCAGACUCUCCAUGGCUGCAUCUCCUGCAUAUCAUCUUGGAAAGAGAGCUACCAGCAUGCAGCCUACAUGCACAACAAGCUUUCUGGGAAAGGCUGGGUGCUGGAUCAGACCAGUAUCUUUGCCCAAGUUGAUGCUUUUGUCCAGCACUGCAAGGAUCUCCUGGAGGUCUGUGACAGCCAGCAGCACUUUGCACGCUGGGAAGAUGGCAAGCAGACACCGCUGCCUUGCUUCUUCAGCCAGAGGGGCCCCCAGAUGGCCAGGAGCCUGUUGGAGAUGGAAGAAACCUUCCACAAGUACCUCAACCAUCUCCGAAAUGUGAAGCGGGGGAUCCUAGACGUAAAGAACACCUCUUGGCAUGAGGACUUCAACCGCUUUCGUGCUGGUGUCAAGGACCUGGAGGUGAUGACCCAGAACUUGGUGAGUUCCGCUUUUGAAACAGUGAAAGAUGUCGAGCAUGGUGUGAAGAUCCUGGACAUCUUCCAGCAUUUGUCAUCACGAGAGGCUAUCAAACGCACCUUUGACAAGAAAACAGUGGACCUCUACAUGUUGUUCAACAGGGAACUCACUCUGGCCAACAAGGAACUGAGCAAGAAGGUGCCAUUCCUCCCACCAUACAUGUGUCAUUACUCAGGCAUGGCCCACUGGGUUCGUGCUCUGCGACGCCGCAUUGACAAACCCAUGCAGGAAUUUUUUCCAGUACCCUUGGAAGAGAAGGAGGAGAGCAAGGUGGAGUUAGUUAUUCCUGCCAGCCCACUGGAACAUGAGAUAGAUUUGCUGAAGUUUGUGCUAGAGUCAAGCAGACCUGACUUUGUCCCUUGGAAAACAGCCAUGUCCUGUUAA